AUGGCAGGAGGUGGACAUGCACCACCGCCCAAACAGGAGGAGCUACAGCCUCAUCCAGUCAAAGAUCAGCUACCAAACGUUUCCUACUGCAUUACCAGUCCUCCUCCUUGGCCUGAAGCUAUCCUACUUGGCUUCCAACAUUACUUGGUGAUGCUUGGCACAACAGUUCUCAUUCCUACCUUUCUCGUUCCCCAGAUGGGAGGAGGACAUGAGGAGAAAGCAAAAAUGAUUCAGACUAUCCUGUUUGUUGCUGGAUUAAACACCUUGCUUCAAACAUUCUUUGGGACUCGUUUACCAGCAGUGAUUGGAGCAUCUUAUACCUAUGUGCCAACAACCAUUUCAAUCAUCUUGGCUGGUCGAUAUAGUGAUGUUUUGAACCCCGAGGAGAAAUUUGAGAAGAUAAUGCGUGGAACCCAGGGUGCACUUAUUGUUGCAUCAACUCUGCAGAUUGUUGUUGGCUUCAGUGGUCUUUGGCGCAAUGUGGCGAGGUUCAUUAGUCCACUUUCUGCUGUUCCUUUGGUUGCUUUGUCAGGCUUUGGGCUGUAUGAGUUUGGUUUUCCUGUGUUUGCAAAAUGUGUGGAGAUUGGGCUACCACAACUCAUCAUUCUACUGAUAUUUUCACAGUACAUACCUCAUUUGAUGCGCAGUGAGACGCUCUUCUUUGAUCGCUUUGCGGUUUUAUUUUCGGUGGCGAUUGUGUGGGUUUAUGCUCAUCUGCUCACUGUGGGUGGGGCCUAUAAGAACACAGGACCCACAACUCAAUUGACCUGUCGAACUGAUCGUGCUGGCAUUAUAGGUGCUGCUCCAUGGAUAAGAGUUCCAUAUCCUUUUCAAUGGGGAGCUCCCACUUUUGAUGCUGGAGAAGCUUUUGCAAUGAUGGCUGCUUCAUUUGUUGCUCUUGUAGAGUCCACUGGCGGCUUUAUUGCUGUGUCAAGGUAUGCAAGUGCAACUCCGCUGCCACCUUCUAUUUUAAGCCGUGGUGUUGGUUGGCAGGGAGUGGGCAUUCUUUUCUGUGGUAUAUUCGGCACUGGGAGUGGUUCAUCAGUAUCUGUUGAAAAUGCUGGUUUGUUAGCAUUAACACGGGUUGGCAGCCGAAGAGUUGUUCAGAUUUCAGCGAGUUUCAUGAUAUUCUUUUCCAUACUCGGAAAAUUUGGAGCUGUCUUUGCCUCAAUUCCUGCACCGAUCAUCGCAGCAUUGUAUUGCUUUUUCUUCGCUUAUGUUGGUUCAGCAGGUCUUACCUUGCUUCAGUUUUGCAAUCUGAACAGUUUUAGGACGAAAUUUAUUUUAGGCUUCUCUAUUUACAUGGGCUUGUCAAUACCACAAUACUUCAAUGAAUACACCCUUGUUAAAGGCUACGGCCCUGUGCACACUGGCGCAAGAUGGUUCAAUGAUAUGGUGAAUGUUCCUUUCUCAUCAGAAGCAUUUGUUGCCGGUUUCCUGGGCCUAUUCUUGGACAUCACGCUGCAUCGCAAUGACAGUGCAACGAGGAAAGAUCGUGGCAUGCAUUGGUGGGAUAGAUUCCGAUCAUUUAAGACGGAUACAAGAAGUGAGGAAUUCUAUUCCCUGCCUUUCAACCUCAACAAGUUCUUCCCCUCGGUGUGA